CCGCCCCCUGGCUCCCUGACUACGGCCAGAAGGGAAUUUUCUCUGCUGGCAAUGGUAUUUAAAGAUUCGUUGCUGAUGAAAAAUAACAGAGAAAUGUCUGAGUUUAGAAGGUAAGCUGCGCAGAAGGAGAGCUGGGAAAGUGGGAGAAUGGUGAGAACUUUGCUUUGAAGGGUUCCUUGGGCUGUGGGGACUGCAGGUGGAAGGGUGUGAGACCUGGGGAGGGGAAGCAGAGGCAGACCCCUCCGGGCCCGUUUGCUCCUGAGCCUCCCUGAGAAGGCCAGGGUUCUGACGAAAUCCACACAGUAUUUAUUCAAGUUGGCUCUGCCUACCAGGCAUAUGGGGAAAAGGAAACUGAAAGUAAGAUGAUCCCGGAUGCUGCUUUGGCUGGGCUUUCGGUACCUGCACUCUGAUUUUUCACUCGGGAUUUCUUUCCUUGUCUGCUCCUUCACUCAGACUGGCCCAUGUCAGCUGUAAUGUAACUGUUUGCUUCAACGGUUUCAUGGCUGGAGGACUGUGCUUGUGGUGCCCAUUGAUUUAGACCUCAGCAGGCGGGGACUUGGAGACAGCGUGAGAUAGCAGAAAAACGGCUGUUUUGUGAAUGUUGUAGCAUGUGCAGUUAAUAUACAGGUGUAAUGUCAGAAUCCUCCAAGGGUAUUGUCCUUCCUCAUCCUGUCCAUCUGUAGCCAGAUAAUCUCUAUUUACCAUGACAGGAGUUUCCAGAGCUCCAUUGCUUUGAUCAAGUCCCAAGGGGAUAAGCCUUCAUCUUCUCAAAGAAAGGCAAACAGUUGUAACCAGCGGUAUUUACCACCAUGGCCUCCAGGAGCCAUAACAACCCCGAGGACAGACACACACCCUCCAAUCACUUGUUGAUAAAAGCGGUUAAAGAAGAAAACAGGGAGUUGGUCCAGCAGUUGCUGGAAGAAGGGGCUGAUGUCAAUUUCCAGGAAGAGACAGGGGGCUGGUCCCCUUUGCAUAACGCGGUGCAAAAUGACAGCGAGGACAUGGUGAGCCUUCUGCUUCGCUAUGGUGCUGACCCUGGUCUGAGGAAGAGGAACGGGGCCACGCCCUUCAUCAUCGCGGGGAUCGUGGGCAACGUGAGGCUGCUGCAGCUUUUCCUCUCGGAGGGCGCAGGUGUCGAUGAGCACGACCGCCACGGCUUCACGGCCUUCAUGGAGGCCGCCGCGUACGGCCGGGUGGGGGCCUUGCGAUUCCUGCAUGACAGCGGCGCGCAGGUCAACCUGGGCCGGCAGCCGCUGGAGGAGCAGAAGCAGCUUAGGAAAGGGGGGGCCACGGCUCUCAUGGAUGCUGCUGAGAAUGGCCAGAUAGAGGUCCUGCGGAUCCUUCUGGAGGAGAUGGGGGCGGAUGUCAACAUCCGCGACAACAUGGGCAGAAAUGCUCUGAUCCAUGCUCUUGUGAACCUUGAGCCCAGCAACGAGGUGGCCAUUAGUUGCCUUCUGUUGGACCACGGGGCCGAGGUGAACGUGCGGGGAGAAAAAGGGAAGACGCCCCUGAUCCUGGCCGUGGAAAAGGGGCACUUGGACUUGGUGCAGAAGCUUCUGGAACAAGAAGAUAUAGAGAUUAAUGACACAGACAGGGAGGGCAAAACUGCCCUGCGGUGGGCUGUGGAAUGCAACCAGACAAAAAUCGCCCAGUUGCUGUGUGACAAAGGAGCCAGCACGGAUUGUGGGAACCUCGUGAGGUUAGCGAGGCACAAUUACAACCAUCCUCUUGCCAAGUUUCUUCUCCAGCGGGGAGCCAGAGAUGACCCCGCUCCUGCUGAAGACUGGGAGCCCCAGAGCUCACACUGGGGGGCGGCCCUGAGACAUCUCCGCCGCAUAUACCGCCCUGUGAUCGGCAGACUCAAGAUCUUCAUCGACGAAGAAUAUAAAAUUGCGGACACUUCGGAAGGAGGCGUCUACCUGGGGUUCUAUGAAGAACAAGAGGUGGCGGUGAAGCGCUUCUCUGAAGACAGCAGCCGUGGACAGAAGGAAGUCUCCUGUCUGCAGAGCAUCCGAGCGAACAGUAACUUGGUGACCUUCUACGGGAGUGAGAGCCACAAGGGCUGUCUGUACGUGUGUCUCUCCCUCUGUGAGCAGACACUGGAGGAGCACUUGGCCAAGCACAAAGGGGAGGCUGUGGACAACGAGGAAGAUGUGUUUGCCCGAAACAUCCUCCUCUCUGUGUUCAGGGCUCUUGUCGAGCUACACCUGUCCUGUGGCUACUCUCACCAGGAUCUGCAGCCACAGAACAUCUUAAUAGAUUCCAAGAAUGCUGUUCGAUUGGCAGAUUUUGAUAACAGCAUCAAGUGGGCCGGAGAGCCGGGGCAAAUCACCAGCGAUCUAGAGGCCCUUGGACGCCUGGUCCUAUAUGUGGUAAAGAGGGGAGACAUCCCUUUUGAGACAUUGAAGAUGCAAAGUAAUGAAGAGGUGAUUCAACUUUCUCCAAAUGAAGAAAUUCAGAACCUCAUUCAGCACCUGUUCUGCCCUGGAGAAAAUGUAAAGAACCAUCUAAGUGACCUGCUGGAUCAUCCUUUCUUUUGGAGUUGGGAGAGCCGCUAUAGGACCCUUAGGAAUGUGGGAAAUGAAUCUGACAUCAAAGCGCGAAAACCACAAAGCAGUAUCCUUCAACUAUUGCAAGCUGGACCGACAGAACCUUCUAGAAGUUUUGACCAGUGGAUCUGUCAGAUUGACAUGCUGGUUAUGAAUAAAAUGAAUACGUUUUAUAAAAUGAAACCCCAUUUAAAAUAUAAGGACACUGUGGGUGAUCUGCUAAGGUUCAUCCGGCAUUUGGGGGAACACAUUGAUGAAGAAAAGAAUGAAUGGAUGAAGUUAAGAAUUCAAGAUCCUUCCCAGUAUUUUCAGAAGAAGUUUCCCGAUCUGAUCAUCUACGUCUAUAUGAAAUUACGGAACACAGACUAUGCAAAGCAUUUUCCUAAAACUCAUACAGCACACAUGUCUCGGUGUGAUGGGGGCAACAGUGGUUAGCCAGCUCUGAGUCUGAGUUCAGUGAGGUCUUUCUUAGCUGUAUGAUCCUGGGCAAGUCCCAACUCGCGGCGCCUCUUAACUAACCUGGUUAUUUGUGAGGGACGAGUUGGAUGGAUGAUGUCAGUUCCUGGUAGUGUGCUAGGCAUUCCCUACAUAUAUAGGGAGUAUAUACAUAAAGUGUAUGUUCAAAUGACCCUGGUGCUUUUUUUGGGUCAAGGUUAGAAGCAGGAACUGGAAGGGCACCCUGCUGAGAUUCCUCUUGUCUGUUGCACCGAAGGAGUGCCUAGCCCUCUAACACUGUGCUCUACAUCAGUUAUCUCAUGUAAUUAUCGCAGUGAUCUUGCAACAUGGGUUAAUAUCCCCAUUUAAGAACUGAUGAACUGAGACUCAAAGAGUUUGAACUACUUGUCCCAGAUCAUACAAGUUGUACAGAGGACUGAAUACAUGGAUGUGGUGUUGUUACCUCUCACUUAAACAUCUUAGAACUUAAUUACGGGCCCAGGGAUCAUCUGGAUGAAACCUAAAAGGAAUCUAUCAAAGGGGCUCCAAGUGGCUCAUCCACUCAUUCACUCAUUCAUUCAUUCAUUCAUUCUUCAUUGAGCACAGUAUAAGUCAAGGCACUGAUUUUUCUAUGAAUUUAAUUCCUUCUAGAACCACCUGCACUGGUUUUCUGUGACCUUAAGGCAGUAGCACUAAACUGGGGGCGAUUUUGCCUCUCGGGGGCCAUUUGGUAGUGUCUGGAAAAGUUUGUGGUUGUCAAGACGGGGAAAGCAGUGUUACUGGCACCGAGUAGACGGGUCAGAGAUACUGUACUGCCAAACACUCUAUGAUGCGCUGGCUCGCCCCCCCCAACAAAGAAUUCACAGCCUCAAAUAUCAGUGCGACCGAGGCUGGAAACUCUGCUUCAAGGGCGGGGCACUUUCAACCUGGCUCGGGGCCAGGGCCGCGCAGUGUGGGGCCGUUGCACAAAACAGUGCCUUGGGUUUGUUUUCUGCUUUUGCACCUGUAGUGAGCCAACUCCAGUGUCACCUCUUUGAAGUCCUCUGAGGACCCUCCCUUUCCACACCCCGGUCCAAGUGCUCUCUGACUCGCUCGCACCCUGAGCCGCAUCAGAGUAGCUCUGCCCACCUGGAGUGUGUGUCCUCCCCGCUGGAGUCUCAGCUCCUGGGGGCCAGUGGUGCACCCAGGGUGCAGCUAAAGGCGCUCACAGCUGCGAGUGUGUGAAACCGAGUUUACUCUUGUAUCCCUGUCGAUUAGUUACUGUGUCAUUUGCCACACAGAGGACUGUAAAUCUACUUUUGCCCCAUCCUGUAUAUGUGUACAUACUUUAAUUAUUUCUAUCAC